AUGAGACAGAUUGUCGAGAUAGAGAGACGGUUUAUGAGCAUCCACCUACUGGCAAGUGGAAGCCUAUAUCACCGCCGUGAUAUCGACAACUCACAACAGUCUAUCCCAGUCUCGGACGAUAUCGUCGUUGGCCCAACUGCACAGUAUGAAUGGUGGUAUCAAGAACGGGCCUCUCUAGAGGUUGACCGCGGCCUAUGGAAUACUUUUUUUGUAUGCUUCGAGGCACCUGCCAAGCGCGAGAUGGAAUUCUGUGAAAUAUUUGAGAUGCAGAAAUUUUCGGAGGAUUAUGGCCUAGAACAGGAGAAACUACAGGAACUUGGCGAGAUGAGGGAUCUCAUCGGGACAGAUACCCUAGGCUGGGUUUCUGAUGAGGAUGAGCUUGAACGGUCUAGAGCCGUCAUCCAGAGCAUCAAGGAUGGUUUGAUGGAAUAUUCAAGCACUGAGAUGGAGAAAACUUCUCGCCCUCGAUGA